UUGAACAACAGACCUACCUAGUAAAUAGUGUUCUCUCUGUUCUUGAAGAGACAGAUAACUUUGAAACCCCCUCAACUAAUCAGCCUACAGAAUCAGAAUACGAAAGUAGUGAUUCAGAAGACCCUGAAGAAUCAACAGUUACAAUUAAACAAAUUCAAUUCCAGAAACCCCAGCCUAAAGAAGAAUUACCUAUGACAGACGGGAUGGAUGCUCUUAUUACUGCUCUUGCAGAAUUGACCCAAUCAAUGAAGAUUCAAAGAACAGAGAAGAUCCUUAUCCCAAUUCGUAAAUUUAAGGGUAAUGAUCAGGAUCCAAUUGAAUGGUUACAUGACUUUGAAGUAGUCACAAAAGCUAAUGGAAUUACUAAUGAAAGAAAGAUCGAGAUAGUAAGAGGAUACCUAGAGGGACCAGCUGCUGCCUGGUUUGAUCAACGAUCCACAAAUGAUACUCUAAGAUUAAAUGAAUUGGAAUCCUUAAAGCAAACUGGAACUGUAGAAGAAUAUACCAAUCGAUUUAUGGAACUAGGAAGUAAAGUAGAUCCAAAGAAUGAUUAUCCAGAAGAAUAUAAGAUUCAGAUUUUCAAGAAAGGACUCAAACCUGAAAUUCGAAAAUGGGUUAAUUUAAAUGCUAAUGAUACUAUGGAAAGUAUUAUUGAAACUACUAAAAAUGUUGAAGAAGCUGAUUCAGAUCCACUCGAACAAACCUAUCACCAAACCCAAGCUCAGCCAACUGGUAAAUGGAGUGCUCUCGCUAAGCAACCCAAUAAUUCACAAAACCUGGAUACUACUUCUCUUCUUGCCCAAAUUCAAAAUUUGACAGCUGCUUUGCAAGCAUCUGGCAAUAGUUCAUCUAGUGAUUCCUCCACCCAAUCUAGUUCCUCAUUACUUGCAACUCAUGAUUAUCUUGCUGAAGAAAGAAAACGUCAAAGAAUUGUCAAAGAAAAAGAAGAAAGUGAAGAAGAAAAAGAAGUUACUCAGCCUUUACCUGAAGUACCUGAAGAAGACAAGACCAAUUUGGAGAAGAAGAAAAGAAAGAAAGGAAGAGCUUAUCUUCCAAUUCUGGCUAAGAAAGCAGAAACUUAUGAUAUACUUGAAGACUUAGCAUUCCAGAAAGCCAAUAUUACUAUUGCUCAGCUUAUCAAGACAUCACCUGAACAAAGAAUUCGAAUGUCAAAAGGAAUGAGGAAGGAACCACAGAAGAAACUCAAACAAAAAGCAAUAUUUACCCAGAAGAUCAAAACAACCUCAGCCUGGUGUAAAGCCAAAGUUAGAAAAACCCCUGUAGAUCUAAUUGUGGAUACUGGGGCAUCAGGAUAUGUCAUCACUGAAGUGGAUGUUACUGAAGCUCGAACCUAUAAUCUUGUAGUAGGAAUGGAUUGGUUAAAUAAAAUCAAUACCAAAAUUGAUCUCAAGAAAAAUAUCAUGACCUUUGAUUGGAAUGGAGAAGAAGGAAGAGUAUCAAUCAAAUUUAUUCAUGGACAACGAAAUGCUAUACCAAAAGAUAGUGAUGAUAAUACAGAAACAUCUUCCAGUGAAACUUCUGAUGAUGAAGUCAGAAAUGUUAAAAUCUUUGAAGAAGAGGUACAAGUUAAAGAUACAACUCUCACCUGGGAAGAAUACUCAAAAUUAGAAAGAAGAUUUCAGCAGACUCACUAUCAAAGUUCUCAAUGGACUUUUGAUUGGAGAGAUUUUGUAGCUGAAUGUUGGUAUCAUCAUAAAUUACCAACAUCUAAACAUGAAUACUCUCAAUAUUUUGAUGAUCUAGUUAUCUGGAUUAAUGUUAAAAUGAAUAUCCCAAACAACCUAUCAACAAUUUUAUCUUAG